AUGGAAGUGAAUUCGAGUAAUUUGUUAGUUCCUUUACAUAGUAUAGGGUUUGUGACAGAUGAAGUUCCUUUUGUAUUGGAGAAAUUAGGAGAUGAAUAUUUUAUUGUGGUUGCAACUGGUCAUUAUUACCAAGUUUACGACUUGGACCAACUAAGGAUUAAAUAUAUAUCCCAGAGGACGGGUAACAGAAUAGAGAAUCUGGCUGCAAAGCAUGAGACGGUUUUUGUGUCAAUGGGAAAUAUAAUUGAAGGUUAUAAUAGACAUGAAAAGACAUUUGAAGUUGAGCAUAAGUCGAAAGUAAAAGGAAUGCUUGUCUUGGGUGAGUUAUUGAUUUCCUGGGACAAGGGAACCAUAAUAGUUUCUGAAUUGGCCUCUAGUAGUCGCAGAUGCGAGAUUCUACUGGAUAUGGAUGUUUCCGAGGAGAUUGUUACAGUUUUACACCCAGUCACAUAUUUAAACAAAGUAUUGGUAGUUACAUCAAAAAAAUGUGAAUUAUGGAACAUAAAUACUAGAAAGCUGAUACAUAGGUUUUCUUCAAUACAAGAUGUUUUGAAUAAUUCAAAAAAUAUUAAAACUAAAUUAGAAGAUAGCGAUCAACAGAAAAUAAUCACAGCAGUAACAAGUUCUCAUCCAGAUGUGGUUGGAAUUGCAACUAAGAACGGGAUGAUAUAUACUCUAGAUAUCGCAAAUGAUUUGGUUUUGCUCUCUUUAGAGCACAUGCCUGAGCAAAAAGGCGUGACUAGUAUAAGCUUUUGUUCUGAAAAAGCUAUUUUAAUUUCAGGAUGUGAAAAUGGAGAUAUAGUAUUAUGGGAUUUGGAAAAUGCAAGAGUCUUAAGUAUUUUAAACUCCGUUCAUGAAUCUGAGGUAGUCAAGGUUCAGUUUGUUCCUGGAGUUUCAAUGUUUGUUACCUCUGGUCGAGAUAAUGCAUUACUUGAAUUUGUUAUUGAUAAUCAGAAUUCUCCCCCUAGAGAACUUAGGUCUAGGAGAGGGCAUUUAAGCUCAAUAAUUAAGGCAAAGUUCUACGACGCUCUUCCAGAAAAGAGUAGAGACCUACUUUGUAUUAGUAACUUUAAGAAUUGUGGAUAUCUUGGAAAAACAUCUACAAUACAACAACAUCAAAAUCGUAUUUUUUCACAGAAUUCUCUUAAAAAGAAGUUUAAUGAAAAGUAUCAAUUCCCUUUCAACAGGUUACCUACUGUUAUAGAUAUGUCAUUUGCAGAGUCCAGGCACUUUGACUGGCCAAAUAUAGUAACUAUCCAUCAAGGCAUGCAUGAAGUUUUUGUUUGGAGUGGACAUAACUUUGCGUUAACUCCAAAGUUAAUUACGCUUGAGAACAUUCAAAGAUUUGACAAACAAUCUAAGAAUAAUAGUCCCUCAAAUUUUGUAUCACACGGACUAACAGCUAAAAAAAAAUCCCUACCUUUAGCAAAAGCUGUUUCAGUUUCAGGAUGUGGUAACUAUGUAAUAGUUGGUUACUCGGAUGGAUCCAUACACAGAUUCAAUCUACAAUCAUGCACUCAUUCUGGACAAUUAACUUUUCCUGAGAAUUCUGAAAUUAAUCAACCAACUAUGGAAAUUCUUUCUAUACAUAUUUCACAUUCCACCAUGGCCCUUUGCAUUUUAAGAGAUUUAGAUAACUAUUACUUAUCGGCAUGGUCGAUUAAGCCUAUAAAGUAUUUGAAUACCAAGAUUAUCUUGAGUAGAGUUUCUAUUUUAUCAAAUGUAGAAGGUCAAGAAGCCUUCGUUUCCAAGCUAUUUGGGUAUUUAUUAGCUUUUGGAUUUUCAGAUGGCAGGGUUAUUCUCUAUGAUUUUCAAUCCCAGGUAAUAUCUAGAGAGUUCCAAUGCGGUAACCAUACUAUCUUGGAUAUCACUAUGUCUUCAGAUAACAGAUGGAUUGUAAUUUCUACAAAGAAUAGUGAACUUUUUAUAUUUGAUAUAAUUUCAUCAAACCUUCUGGACUGGAUCAAAUUUAAAUCACCAGCUAUUUGUUGUGUAUUUGAUCAUUCAGAUGCAUUCUUAAUAACAUCUCAUGAUCAAUCAAAAGGAUUACUUUCUGUUUGGGCAAAUAAACAUGUUCUAAGUGUUUCAGUUGAAAUAGAAGGAUUAUCGAAUCCUCCUUCUGAACCCUAUUAUAUAGAUGAUCCUCCUAAUAGGGUACUUUAUUUUGAGGAUUCAGACCAAACCUUAAAAAACAACAAGGAAUCAACAAAGGCUUCUGAUUCUGAUCAUUCAAAUUUGUCAGACUCAGAUUUACCCGAAAAUGGAGAUUCUGAUCCUUCUUUAACUGAUGGUAAACUAAUGUCAUUUUCUGGAAUCCCAUUUUCAACUCUUCAGGCAAUCCUAUUUAUUGAUGAGAUUAAAGAAAGAAACAAGCCUAUCGAGCCACCAAAAAAACCGGAGAGUGCUCCAUUUUUUCUACCAAAUACUACUGAAUUCUCAUCUGCUGUUCAUAAGCUUUCUAAAGAAAUUAAUCAAGAUGAAUCAAUCUCUAAAGAUUUAUCAGAAUCUAGAGAUCCAAGUUCACCACUCAAGACUGAACUCCAGGAACUUUUGGCAAAGAAAGUUUCUUUGAAUGAUUCAGACUUCUUUUUGAAAAUUACUAAGCUUUUAAAAUCCAAAUCUCCUUCUGGUGUGAAUCUUCUUUUGAGACAAUUGGGACCUCUAAGCGGUGGCUCUUUUGAAGAAAUUGCUCAGAUGAUUCACUACUUUAAUAUAUCCAUACUAAAUAGGACGGAUUCUGAGCUGAUUCAAACUUACCUUAACAUCUUUCUUACAAUUCACUCCACAACUAUUUUGGAAAACGAAUCAGAAUUCAAAGACAUUCAAGACAUUGUCCUUAAGCUCAAUAAACUUGUCAAGAAUGACUGGGAUUCUCUCCAAAAUAGACUUCAAAAUAUUUCAUGUUUUUUGAAGUUAGUUACAAAUAUUCAAAUGGAUUAA